AUGAAUGUCUACGCGACGGCCGACGCGGGCCCCUACGACUAUGCCGACCCCAGGCUGUCGCCCACUGCUCCGAGUCCCAACGGCAAAACGCUCGUCGAGGGCUACCGAAAGGACAUCCUCACGGGCUUCGAGCAGGACCCUCCGCGAUUCAAUCCAAUGAAUCCCGAUCGCACCCAAAGUUCGGCCCUCGUCGACCUCACGGACCCCAUCCAGGUGCAUCUGCUCACCGAGACGGCCCUCUCCGACAGCAAGCAGUAUGAGAUCCUGUCGCAGGAGGAGGUGGAUGAUUUGAAGAAGCAGUCCCAGUCCCUCAGCCAGCGGGUGGACUCGACCCGAGCCAACCUGACGAUCCAAUCGAAAUACCGCGAUGCCGCCAUCUCCAUGGCCAGGCUGUACUCCCCCGGCCGUAUCGAUGGAAAGCGAAGGAGCUUACUUGGGCGGCACAGCGGCGACCAGACCCGUGCCAGGGAAGCAGAGGCCGAGAGGGUGGCUAGCGAACGAAAGUGCGAGGAGCUUGCGUCCGAGCUAUUCAACCUCGAGAAGCGCUUGAUGGAACCUCAGCGUCGCCUGCUUGAGCACACUGCCGGUAUCCUUCAAUUGACACACAAGGCUCCCAAGAAGAAGGGAGCCCCUCCGCUAGGCCAACAGCCCCCCAACGGUAUGCCCGGUAGUCCCGAGAGCCUCUACACCUACAGCCGCAACAGCAUGGACCAGGCCGCCGAGGGCAACUACUUGGACGAAAGCCCGUACCAAUUCGACCCACUGGACGGUCUACAGACGCGGCAGCCUCACCAGAACCCCCUUGAGAUCCCGAUCAAGUCGCCAAUCCGGGAACAAAAUAACCAACUUCGAGAGGAGAUGGAGCGGGUGCGCGAAGAGAACAAUCAUCUUCGUAACGAGACGGAUACUCUAGUCCGGUCCAUCUCAGAUAUGGAGGUCCGGCUAGAAAACUUGAACGGCUCGUUGCGGGACGCCAUUGUCCGAUUCAACCCUGCCAAGAACGAUGACUACUUGGAUCCCCCUUACGGAAUGACGGAGAACAUGGAACCAGGCGAUUUACUCAAGAGCCAUAUGGACUACCUCGAGACUGGUCUCUUUGCUAUUCAGGCUGAGCAACAGGAAUCUGCCAGUGGCCAAAACGGUAGCGAAAAGUUUGGCCAACGUAUCGAGUCAUUGAACAGACAUAUCCGAGAGGUUCUCCUCACCGUCGACCCGGGUUACCCCGCUGCUCCCCAUUCGUCAGAAGCCGAUAUCGAGGACCAGUUUGCUUACUUGGAGGACUCGGUGCGCGCAGUGGACUCGGAGUUGGAGCGGGCUUUGGACGCCACCAACAUGGGCUCUCUGCGGAACCAGGACAGCGACCAGGUGGAAACGGUCUUGAGAGGCCUAUGGGAUAUUAUCCAAUCAGGCUUUGCAAGCAUCAAGCAGCAAAAGGACGAGCGCCGAAGAGCUCGCAUGGAGAAGGGUCUCGAUGAUGAGGAGGGCUCUGACGAUGAGUUCGAUACCGACGAGCCAUACACCCUGAGCGGCUUCUCUACCCGAGUUCAGUGGCUGUACCGACAAGCCACCACGCUCAAGGACCAGAAGAUCGUGCUGAAGCGACAAAUCAAGCAACAGCGAGAGCUGAACAACAAAUCCGAUGCGGAGAAGGACGAAGAGCUUGCCAGAAAGCAGGAGGAGAUAGAGGAAAGCCGAGUACUUGUCUCCCGGGCCGAGAAGGACGCCAUGGACGCCCAGACUAUGCUCUCCGAGGCACUUGAGGAUCUCGAGCAUGCUCGAGAGGCGGCCGGUGCUUCGAAUUCUGCCCACGAAGCGAUUGAAGCUCGCAAUAUCCAAAUUCAGGAGCGCAAUGCCCAGAUCGACAAGCACUCUGCUCUUCUCCAGGAGCGCGAUGCUCAGCUCCAAGAGCGCAAUGCUCAGAUUGACGAGCACGCUGCUCUGCUUCAGGAACGCGAUAUUCAAAUUAUUGAGCACACGGCUUUGAUCCAGCAGCGUGAUGCUCAGAUUAAUGAGCACACGGUUCUGAUUCAACUACGUGAUGCCCAAAUCGACGAACACACGGCUCUGCUCCAAGAGCGUGAUGCUGAACUUCAGCAGCGCGAUGCUCAGAUUAACGAGCAUACUGCUCUGCUCCAGCAGCGCGAUGCUCAGAUCAACGACCACAGUGCUCAAGUUGAGGAGCGCAAUGCCAAGAUUGCCGCUCUAGAGUCUGAUUUACAGGAGUUGCAGGCACACGUGGCGUCAGCAGAGUCUAGCACUAAGAGCAGCCGGGCUAUGUUGGCGGAUGUCGAUUCUACGAUUGCGGCCCUCAACGCGGAAUUGGACGAGGCUUCCCGAUCAAGGUCGGCGGCUGAGGCAUCUAUGCAGAAGCUCCAGAAGACGGUGGACGCUCAGAAGGCAGAAUUAGCCGAGAAGAAGAAGAUGAUGAAGGUGAAGGAGGAUGAACUGGAGCUUCUUAACAUGAACCUUGCGGAGAUCAAGACAGAACUCACCAUCGCUCAGGCCGAGCUGGACGCCGCUUUCGGAACCAGAGCAGAGCGUGCUGCUGACGUCGCCGCCAUCAAGACAAGCGGCGAGAUUGUCAAACUCCAAAACCAGAUCACCAGGCUCAAGAAUGAGCUCUCUGGAACUGUCCAGGAGCUAGAGGACGUCACCAAGGAGACGCUGGGUGCCGAGCGGGAGAAGAUCGAGCUGGAAAGCAAGCUGGACGAUGCCUUGGCAACUAAGAGCUCGCUUGAGGGCGAGGUGAAUGGUCUGCGCGAGCGUUUCGAGGAGGAGAUGAGCAAGUCCCACGAACGCAUCACAAAGCUACAGGAGGAGCUAGACAACGAGCGCCUCAGGGCCGUGCCCGGCCACGGUGGUGGCCGGAUCGGAGCUGGCGCGUCGUUGCUCAGCGAGCAGUUCAGAUCCACCAUGAGAGAGGAGAGGAAGAAGUUCCAGGAGGAGAUCAAGGAGGAGCGUUCCCGAACCCGCAAACUCGAGGAAGAGCUUACUCGGAUGAAGCGUGGUCAAGGUGCUCCCGCCAAAAGCCCCUUGAGUCCUCGAUAA